AUGGAGAAGGGAGCUCCGGUGGUCAGGGGAGAAUCCAGUGUUACCUGCUUCAGUUACUAUACACCCAAAUGCAAACAAAAAGAGUUGCAAUUUCGUCUCGUUGCCGCAAUCGAAUCCGGUGAUCUACCACAAGUGCAUAAACUUGUCGUCAGCGGUGUCUACAUUGAUUGCAUCAUCUUAUUAGUGAAGACACCACUGAUCCAUGCAAUGGAACAAGGCCACGAACACAUUGCCAGCUACCUUAUCUCUGCUGGGGCUGACCCCAACAAGCCCGAGCGUAAUGCCUGGUUCCGCCAACCCAUUCACACUGCCGUCUUUAAGAACAUGUACAACAUUGUAAUCAAGCUUCUUGUUCACGGCGCCGAUAUUGAAGCCCAGGAUGGCAACGGCAUGACCCCGCUUUUGUACUCUGCAAUUUACAACUGUGGGGAAAUCACUAAACUUCUUAUUUCUUAUGGUGCCAAUCUGAACAUGGAAGAUUUUGUCAAGCGUACGGCACUUCAUUUUGCAGCCGAGCGCAACUUUAUGGAAAUUGCUGACACCUUACUUACCACCGGUAUCGAUAUCGACCACCAAGAUAAAUAUGGAUGGUCAGCACUUUUCGGUGCAAUCAUGUACAAUCAUUUGGAAAUGGUGCAACUGUUGUUGUCUCGUGGUGCAAGUGUGCAAUUGAAGGACUAUACUGGAGAUACUGCUCUGCAUUUGGCCUGUUCGCGUUUCCGCCGAGAGAAAGUGUAUGUCGUGCUUUCCACCUCUGAGGAUCUUUACAAACGAAAACGCCGUAUCCCGACGCUCAGCUUCCAAAACCUGUGCGUCAGGUUCAGAGGCAGUAACAUUAAUAUUGUCCGAUGCCUGAUUGAUGCAGGGGCGUGCGUGCAAGCACAUAACAACAAUGGUCUGGCCCCUCUAGACUUGUGCAAAGAGCAGAACGUGAUGCAGUGUCUGGUUUCUGUCGGCGCCCAUCUUGACCCUGAGUGGAUCGAGGCAGCAGUACAGUUCACAGAUUCCGGCAAUAGUGAGGAAUUAAUCUCCUGGUUACUUAGCCAGUUCAAACAGCAACACCAACUUCUUAUGGUGUGCAAAGUGGCUAUACGCAGACAUCUUGCCUUUACUAAGUCAAUUUCUGGUGCCAUCCAAGAGUUACCACUUCCCAAGUCUCUGAAAGAUUUCUUAGCCCUAGUUUACUGA